GCCGGCCUCUAUCGGGGCCUGUGCGCGGUGCGCAGCCGCGCCCUGGGCCUGGGGCUCGUCUCACCCGCGCAGCUGCGGGUGUUCCCUGUGCGCCCCAGCUCGGGGCGGCCUGCCGGGGGUGCCGACGGCAGCGGUGUCGGGGCCGAGCUAGAAGCCAAUCCCUUCUACGACCGCUACCGCGACAAGAUCCAGCAGCUGCGCAGGUGCGGGGCCCUGUCGGCUGGCGGCAGGUCUGAUCCAGCUGCUUUUGAGUCCCGCCUGGAGAAGCGCAGUGAGCUGCAGAAGCAACCAGUGGGGCACUCCCGGCAAGGUGAUUUUAUCAAAUGUGUGGAGCAGAAGACUGGUACCUUGGGGAAACAGCCUAUCAGCAGAGGAUUCACUAGGGACAAGACUCUCAGUUCAAUCUUUAACAUUGAGAUGGUGAAAGACAAAACUGCAGAAGAAAUAAAACAGAUUUGGCAGCAGUAUUUUGCAGCAAAAGACACAGUCUACGCAAUUAUUCCUGAAGAGAAGUUUGAUUUGAUCUGGAACCGAGCUCAGUCCUGUCCAACAUUUCUGUGUGCACUGCCAAGAAGGGAAGGUUAUGAGUUCUUUGUAGGACAAUGGACAGGCACUGAACUCCACUUCACUGCACUUAUAAAUAUUCAGACUCGAGGGGAGGCUGCAGCCAGCCAGCUGAUUUUAUAUCACUACCCUGAACUUAAGGAAGAAAAGGGCAUAGUGCUGAUGACAGCAGAAAUGGAUUCCACGUUUCUGAAUGUUGCUGAGGCACAGUGCAUCGCCAACCAAGUUCAGCUCUUCUAUGCCACUGAUCGGAAAGAGACCUACGGGUUAGUGGAGACCUUUAACCUCAGACCAAAUGAGUUCAAGUAUAUGUCUGUCAUUGCUGAAUUGGAGCAAAGUGGACUCGGAGCAGGAUUGAAAUGUGCCCACAACCAGGAUAAGACUUAAAACUGUAAGGAUUGGCCCUUCACAGGCAGCUCAGCCCUGGAUAAUCUACAGCCCACCCAUCCCUUGAACUCGAGCACAGCAUCUGUAAUGAGCAAUCUGCAAUGAGUUGCCCUGUAUGCUUAUUGCAAGAAGCGAUCAUGGAGUUGAACCCUGUUAGUUGAUAUUUAGGAACAAAGGUACCCAAACAUUCUGAUAUUUAUCUCUCAGCAUACUUGAGGUUUCCUUUUAAGUAUGUGAAGUCAUAACAAGAGACAGCCAAGGAUCUGCAGGACAGUUGGCUUGAUUCUACACAGUGUAACAGUACAGUUACAUUCUGACCAUUUUGACCUCGUAGCUCCCAAAUGAUCGGUUCUUCAUUUUUAUGAACUUGUGACAGGAUAAUAGGCUUUAAGACCUGCUAUAGUUAGAUGUGGGCUUUAUAGUCUUCCCAUGUGCCAGUCUGCUGGCCAAAGCCAUAACCCAAAUAUCCUGUUUAGACCCUAGAACAACCAGAUAUUUCCAUCAGGAUAAAGACUUCAUCUAGAUGCCUCCCGGAGUUGCUUUUAGAGUAGCUGGUUUGGGGUGUCAACAGAUUUCAGGUAUAGUUAGAUAAACAGGUACAAUGCGUGUAUAUUAUUAAACCAUAGUUUGUGGCACCUUCUCCUCUAACUCUGCCUUUUAGAAGCUGUAUGUUGGAAAGGAGUGAAUCAGUGCAAUGUAAAUAAAUCAACACACUUUUGUAAGAAGAUCAAUUCAGAUUUGCAUGAUUAUUUAAAACAACUCUUAAGUAUUAUGUGAUAAAGUGGGUGGAAGCAAAUGUUCCCAGAUUGGGUGUGGGAAAAAUGUAGCAAUGAAAUAAAGUCUGGCUGACAA